UGUGUCAAUGUAUUGAAAAUACACUCGUACCACGAGUCGUAUACCUAUAUAGAGGUUGUAGUAGCAGCGGCAAAUCGGAAGCUCAUCCGGGUUUUGUGAUUGUAUUCGCCCGUGCAUAUUCUCGCAAGCAUCGCCGAAGUGGGCCGGCGAGUGUCGCGAUAGCGCCCCUGCACAUUUCCAAGAUCAAUGACGAUACUUUAGUAAAUGUAGCUCAAUAGUUUCGUUUAAUCAUGUCUGAGUCUAAACGCAAAGAUAGUGUCAGCAAAGUGUCUCAAAAACAAAAUGCUGAAGAUGAUUUGAAUCUUGCACAGAUUUUAGAAGGUAUGACUAAUGAAUUCAAUAAGUCUGGGCCCAAAAAGCCUGCAGAAUCACCGACUAGAAGAUCCAGUCGAAUUGAACCUGGUGCUCGAAAGCAAGAGAAAUCACCUUCUAAAUCACCUUCCAAAUCGUUGGAAGAGAAUAAUAAAACAAACAGAUUUAAUAAAUCUUUGAAUCAAACUGAAGAAACUAAAGUAAUCAAAGAAAAUAUUCCUGAAAAGAAGGUAGAAAAGAAUAAAAGUGAAGAAAUGGGUACAAAAUCAGACACAGCUGUUAAAAAAGAUAGUCCUAAAAAAGAUGGGAAUGCUCAUCGCAUUGUACUUACUUUUAGAACUAUUGAUGAAAAUACUGAUCAUGGUAAAAAAACUAAAAUCUCUAGUACUUCAAAUUUGUCACUUGUGCCAGAUGAACUAAAUAAUUGUGAUCAAAUUGGUGGAGUGUCAGUAAAAAUUGAAAAUUCUGAUGAGCAUAGUAGUGAUGAUAAUAAAUCUGAAGUCAAUCGUGAACAAGAUGAUAAAAAUAAAGUGGAAAAUGGUGGUAAAAGUGAUAGUGAAGCAGUUAAAAGUUCUCCCGAAAGCAAAGCAGAGAAUCGAGCUUUGAAUGCAGUGAUUGAUGAAUCUUCAAAAGAGUCUGAAUCAAUGACGCCUCCACCUGUAAAGCGAAGAAUGAAACGUCAGAGAGAUUCCAGUAUCGAACCAGAAUUGAAAAGAUCAGCUAGAAGAUCAAAUUCUUCUAAAUCUGUCUUGGAAAGUGCUAUGGCUAUGAAAGAAAAAUUCAAUCUUAGUGAGGAUACAGUAAAGCGCAAGUACAGUAAACCAGGGCGGCCCAAAAAAAUUGUUGCUGAAAAUUUAGAUAAAAAGAACAACAUGCCUCCACUAACCCCCAUAGAAACAUCAAAAAUUUCUGUUAAAAAAGGUACUCCCCCUAAAGACAUACCUAAAUCUGUGGAACCAAAAAAAGAUUUGCCUAAGAAUUCUCCAAAGGAUAACGUUUCUAAAGUAUUGACAAAAAAGGCAAUUGGGCUAAAAUUAGUCAAAAGACCCAGUUCUGAAUUAACAGAGAAUAACAAAGAACCAAGCAAAAUUGCUUCUAAAGAUAGCAGUCCCAAAUCAACAAUAAUAAAAUCUUUCUCUUUUGGAGAACUUGUUAAAGGUAAAUCACCACCAGAAAAAAAAGAUAAUAUUCCUAAGUUAAAACCCAUUGAAACCAUUAAAGCAAUUCCAAUGGAAAUUUCUGAACAAUUGCCUGAAGUUAAAAAUGAUAAAAUAACAAAUAAAGUGGAGAAAACAACAGCAAAAGUAAUUCCAGAAGCAAAAGAAUCUCUGUUAAAAUCAGCCUACGACAAAAAAGAUGAAAUUCCUAAAUUGAAACCAUUGGCUCCCAAAAUAAGUCUAGAUAAGAAAAAUUCUCUUCCAAAGCUGUGUCCUUUGAAUACUGUAAGAACCAUCAUACCUGUAAGUAAUUUCAUGCACUGUAAAAGUGAUUCCCAGAAAUUGAACAAAUAUGAAGGAAUGCCCAAGCUGACACCCAUUGUUAAAACUCAAGAUAGUGGUAAAAAGUUUGCUUUUACAACAAGUGAGAAAACAGUUCAUGCUGUUUCUUUAUUAAAAAAUUUCAAUGGAUCAUUCUCAAGACCAACCAUCAUCAGAAGUAAAAAUGGUCAGAUCCGUAUAAGACCAUCAGCGAGUGCCAAAAAAAUGGUUUAUACCAAUAUUUUAGAUGAAAACGCAAAACAAGCUGUUGAAACCAAUAAAGUUGAGCAAGAUGACGAAGGAAGUACAAUACCUAUAAAAAAACCACGAAGAAGUCUGAUACUUACCCCGGCUAUUGCUGAAAGUUUUGCAUCAACAACUGACUCAACAUCAGUUACAAAAACUAAAAUGUUGAAAUCGAAGCUGGAUUUGAAAUGUUUGUGCGAAGUUCGUUCGCAAUUAUUUGUGACAAUUACCACGGCAGAUACACCAUUGCACUGUACUGCCUUGGAUUCUAUUGAUAACCGAAUUGUUGGUUGUGGUAACGAAGUGGAUCGCGAAGAUGUAGCCAUGCGAAGACCAAGUGCUAAAAUACCAUACAUAAUACUUUGCCGCACGCAUAAAGAAAGACUCAUCAGACACAACUGCUGUCCAACAUGUGGUCAAUUUUGCUCUCAAGGUAAAUUUGUCCACUGUCCGUAUGGACAUCAGUAUCAUCGACAUUGCGAAUUGAUACUCGACAAUAAAUCGCACUGUCCUCACUGUGAAAACGACGAUCGCUGCGUCGAUGUAAUCAUCACUAUGGGAUCUAAAUUACAAAACCUAACAAAUUCUUGUAAACUGAAAGAUGGAAGAGCAAAGAUGAUAAUUCCAGGCAAAGCUGAUAACACGAAACUUGCAGAAAUGCCUGUAAAGAAGAAAUCGAUCGAACCACUCAUUGAUCCUAAGCUUAUCCAGAUUCCGGAAUCAGAAGUCAGCGAAAAGACUGAGCGUUUUACGCAUUUGUGUUUAUUGAAUGCCGUGAAGGAAAAUGAUCUGCAGAAAUUGGUCAAUGUAUUGGCCAAUGGCUUCAACCCCAAUCAUGUGUUCAGAGAUCAAGGUCAUCGUACUGCAUUGCACAUGGCCGCUGAGAGCGGUUCUUUGAGCUCUGUCCAUGUUCUUGUGCAAGCUGGCGCUCAAGUUGAUGUGUUUGACAGAAAUCAAUCAACUCCCUUAAUGCUAGCUGCCGUUUCAGGCAAUGCUGAUGUAGUUCGGUACUUAAUAAGGACCGGCAGCGAUUCAACUCUGAGAGGCGAAGAUGGCAUGACUGCUUUGCAUAUGGCGGCAAAAUCUGGUCACUUGGAAGUUUGUAAAGUAAUUCAUAGCGAAUGUAAAGUGCCCAGAUCCCUUGUUGAUUCUGUUGAUGACGGAGGUUGGACUGGCUUAAUCUGGGCAUGCGAGUUUCGACAUACAGAAGUAGCUCGCUUUUUACUAGAGUGCAAAUGUGAUCCUUUGAUCCGUGAUAAUGAACAAAACAUUGCUCUUCAUUGGAGUGCGUACAGCGGUUGUUCUGAAAUUACAGAGUUAUUACUCGAUUUGGGAAGCGAUGUCAAUGCGGUCAAUGUUCACGGUGACACUCCACUCCACAUUGCGGCACGUCAAGAUAGAUACGCUGUCAGUGUACUUCUUUUAUCAAGAGGAGCCAAAGUGAACGAGGUCAAUAACAACAAAGAAACAGCGAUUGAUUGUUGUACCGUUGAUGGUGACACUUUGAGAGCCCUGCGAUUGAAUUUUAGAGUCAAUCAACGAGCCGAACAAUUGAUGGAAAAAACUGUUAAGAUUUUAACAAAUGAUAUUACUAGAGGAAAAGAACGUAACCCUAUUCAGUGCGUCAACGGUAUUGAUUAUGAAGAUAUACCCACGGACUUUGUAUAUGUUACUGAAAACUGUUUCACCAGCUCUGUUAACGUUGACAGAACAAUAACAUCUCUUCAAUCGUGUCGCUGUGAAAAUAAUUGUAGCUCGGAAACAUGUCUCUGCGGAACUAUAAGUUUACGCUGUUGGUAUGACGAACAAGGAAAGCUUAUACCCGAGUUCAACUUUGCUGAUCCUCCUAUGCUGUUUGAAUGUAAUCAGGCGUGUGAUUGCAACAGAAUUCUUUGUCAUAACCGUGUUGUGCAACACGGAACAUCCCAACGAUUCCAAUUAUUUAGAACAGAAGAAGGAAAAGGAUGGGGUUUACGAACACUUAAACCCAUUGCCAAAGGAACAUAUGUUUGCGAGUAUGUCGGAGAAAUAAUUCCAGACUCGGAAGCUGAUAGCAGAGAAGAUGAUUCUUAUCUAUUUGAUUUAGAAAAUCGGGAUGGAGAGACUUACUGCAUAGAUGCUCGACGGUAUGGAAACAUUGCCCGUUUUAUUAAUCACUCUUGCUCCCCAAAUUUACUAUCAGUACGAGUUUUCAUCGAACAUCAGGAUCUGCGUUUCCCACGAAUAGCACUCUUCGCAAGUAGAGACAUAGAAGCUGAUGAAGAAUUAGGAUUCGACUACGGGGAGAAAUUCUGGAUCAUAAAAUGUAAAUCUUUUACUUGCACUUGUGGUUCAGAUAAUUGUCGAUACUCCGAUAAAACGAUACAGUCGACUUUAGAUAAUUACCGUCAAAGAGUUCAACGUCAAGGAACAGUUCAAAAGCCAAACUCUUCUGAACCAAGCUUGUGAAUCACUCCCCUAGCUUCAAAUGGUAGCUUUUAAUUUAAUAGUUUGACAAUUAAGUUUUAAAAUUUUCACGGCGUGAAUUUUUUUAAAAUUGUGAAUUGACAUAUUGUUAUAGGUUGAUUCUAAACUUAGUUACUACAAUCGUUCUUUAGAAAGAUGUUUUUAUGGUACCAUUCAACUUAAUUGCCAUGAAAUUAUACUGAAUGAAUCAUGUUCAGUAGAUAUUAAAGUUCUAUUUAUUAAUAAUUUAAUUAUAAAUAUUUUACUUGUUGUAAAAUUUAGCUAAUAUUUAUUCUUAUUAUGAGGUAAACAGAUUGUGUUCUAUGCAGGUAUUGCCUCGUCACAUUGUUUUUAUGCACUAAUUUCAUAUAAAUCAUUAGCUUUUUAUAUGUCACAAAAACAUCAAUUGUAUUAUAUUCACAAAGACUUGAUCAAAUUUGUAAUUAUUAAAAUUUUAAGGAGGUAUUUCAGAUUUCUGAUGAAUAUUCAAUUAAAUUAAGAUGCUGCUUUAAUUGUUGAUUCGUCAUUUUUGAAAUAAUACUGUAAAUUAUGAGUAAUUAAGUAAAAGUGCUGUAAAAAUUUGCAUCGUGUAUAUUAUAUUAAACUUAUAAUAGAAAAAUUCAACCGGUACUGUAAUACGCUAUUAUACUCACUUAAAUGUUCAAUUAGGUUUGGAUAAAUAAUUUGGAACGUGUUUUGAAUCUCACAUCAUUCGGAUGUAUUUAUAAAAUGAGUUGACGCAUUCAAUCACUAUGAAAUUAUGUUUAAUUCCUGAGCAAUAAUUCGAAUGAAAAUUGCACAAUACUAUAUCUGUACUAGAAAUGAAGAUUUCCAUCGUCAAUGACAAUUAUGGUAUUUCUUAAAUCCGAAAAUCUAUAUUAAAAAUUUUUUAUAAUUGAUGUACAUAUGCGUUUUUGGAUUGAAUAUAAAUUUAAAGAGAAGCGUAGAUGAAAUGAGCUUUUUCAUUUAUGUCAAAUUUACCUGUAAAUCUUUAGCUAAUAAUUAAUUUUGUACAAAUUACUUGCAUACUAGUAAGUAAGAGAUAAAAUUUGUUUUUAAGUUACAAUCAAUAAA